AGCCUUUUGGAUCAGGUCCAGGCCUGCCAGGCUGCUUCCCACCUCCAUCGCGACUCCCACGCGCAGCCUCCCAUCGAAGCCGCGGCGGCGCCACGUCCCGCGGGGGGGGGCCGGAGCCCCCCGCCCCGCCCGCCGCCGCCGAUGCCCUCGCGCCUCGCGGUGGCGAGCCCGGGUGCGCUGCUCCGGACGCCGCGCCCGCACGGCGACGCCGGCGCGGGCGGAGGUUCGGGCCGGAGGGCGCCAGCUGCGCGGCCAUCGCGGGUCCCCGCAGCGGCUUCGCAGCAGGGCGCAGGCGCUCUGCUCGGCGGCUCCGCGGUGGUCGGCACUCUGGCCACGGCGAGGCGCUGGCGCCGACGCGCGCCGCGGCGCGGCGGCGCGCGCUCCGCGCGCGGCAGGGUGGCCUGCACGGCCGUCGCCGCGCCGCUCGCGAAGACGAGGCCGCGAGGUGAGGACACCGACGGCGCCGAGGAUGAGGAGGACGAGCUGGACGAGCUGGACGAGCUGGACGAGUUCGAUGCGUGGAAGAGCAGACAGAAACAGUACCCGCUGUGGGUGGGUAUCAACGACACGAUGGUGGACUUCGGUGGCCUCCAGAUCCCCGCGUGCCUCAUGACGGCGCUCGAGGAGCGCGGCAUAGUCCACCCUUCACAGGUCCAGUGCUCCGUCAUGUCCAGGAUCGCCAGUGGCGAGCAAGUGGUGAUCGACGCGCCAACCGGCUACGGCAAGACUCUGGCGGUCUUGCUGCCGCUGAUGGCUCGCCUGCAGCCCACCAUGCACAAGGGGAUACAGGCCCUGGUCGUCGUGCCGACCCCGGAGCUGGCACUGCAGUUCGGGCGGGAGCUCCGGUGGCUCUUCAGCGUCCUCGGCGGCGAGGAGCAGAUGUGCUGGUUCAACCCAGCGGUCCCAACCGACAUGGGGAUGCAUGUGCUGACCUCCGGCAAGGGGGUGUACCCAGCCAUGCGAAAGGACAACGCCAUCUGGGUGACGACGCCUGGGGUGCUCAACAAGGAGUUCAGGCUGCUGCGAGGCACGGACGGCGAAGUUCGGUUGCCGUCGCCGAGGUGGGAGGAGGCGCUCCAGUACUACCUGGCGAGCAACCUGCACAUGGUCGUCCUGGACGAGAUCGACCUACUGGUGGCCCCGAAGCCCCGGACGCGCGGGGACGCGCCGCCCCCCGAGCUCCCGGAGUUCCGGAGCCCCUGCGAGAGGCUGCUGGGGGAGGUCAUGGACCAGGUGCGCACUCGCUACCGGAACCACCCCGUCCAGAUCAUCGGCGCUUCUGCCUCGGCCAACAGCUGGAUGGUGUACGACAUGCUGGAACGCCUCGCCAAGGCCAAGUGGCGAAAGAAGCGCGACGCCGCGCGCCGCGUGAUGCCGAGCUUCGUCCAGUGUGCCGUCGACACUGCGUCUCCAGAGCCCGCGUCCGAGCAGGAGGAGCCCUCGAGGCCAGCGAAAAGGGGCGCGCCCCUGGGGAUCUGUCACGCCGUGGCGCGGCUGGACGUGGACCAGACGAGCCUGCUGGAGGACACUUUCAACGUUGGGCGGCUGGAGCUGAUGGUGAACAUCGUGGACAAACUAAAAGGCUCCAUCAUGGUGCUGAUCCCGCGGCAGAUCAAGCUCGAUGGCGUCCUGAACAUCCUUCGGGAGGCCGGUCACGAGCACGCCGCCAAGUUCAAAGUCAAGGUGGGCCUGGGCUUGGACGACGUGGCGGCCGCGUUUGACUUUGGGCGGAAAAACCCGGGCGUGGCCGAGCCGGAAGCAGAGGCCAUCAAGUACGAGGCGUGCCGGGACCGCGACUUUACGGAAACUCUGGACAUGGGCGACAUGAUGCACGAGGCAGCCGAGAAUGGGGAGCCCCUCCUCCUCGUCGCCCAGGAUCACACCAUGCGCGGCGUGCACGUCCCGAAUGUGGACUACGUGGUGCUGGUGCGCAUGCCGAAGGACGUAAACUCCUACCUGCACCUCUCUGGCAGGACGGGCCGCGCAGGCCGCGGGGGGACGGUGGUCACCAUCGCCGACGACCUCGGCGACAGAGAGCGCAUGGUGCUGUUCGAGCGGGACGCGGCGAACGUCAAGUUUGUUGAGUGGAACGUGGACGAAGGGACGCCCGGAGACGUCUUCCUCCCGGCCGACGAGGCCCUGGAGGCGCGGG